CGUACUGAAUAUCACAUGGGACAGUGUUUUGAGCUGUUGAUGGUGUUGUGUGUUAUUUACACGUAGAAUAAAUGUAGAAUACGUAUAAUAAACGCGUCGCGUUUAUGUUUCAUCUGUAAUUAACAUUAAGUCAAGGAAGCUCGGUUUAGUUGCGUUGGCAGGAGACCUUAUUUACAAAACGAGCCAAACAAAUAGGCUUUUAUAGAUCAUGGUGGAAAACUCCCCCUCUCCUCUUCCCGAGAGAGCCAUUUAUGGGUUUGUCCUUUUCCUGGGCUCACAGUUUGGCUUGUUUCUGUAUUGCAUCUGGGCAUUCAUACCAGAGGAGUGGCUUCAUUCAAUAGGGCUCACCUACUGGCCUCAAAAGUAUUGGGCUCUUGCGUUGCCAAUCUAUCUACUGGUCACUUUAACGAUCGUUACAGUGCUGUUGUUUGGAGUCAACAUGAACAACACAGCCCCGCUCGACUCUGUGGACAACAUCACAGAUGUGUAUGCACAAGGCCAGAGGACAGAAAGCAACCGUAAGGGUGGAAUACCGCGCCUGAAGGAUGUCUCCAUUAGUGAAGUCAACAAGAUGUUCUAUUUAUCACCCAAGCUAUAACAAACAGAUGGGGAGUGAAGCUUCUGGGGAUUUAUUGUGGUGUCACUGUUUACAUUUUGUUCAUGAGAGAUUCAUUAUACUUUAUUUAUAAAAAGAUAUCCUGAAUGGUUAGACUUUUGUGAUCUUUUACAUGUUCUUACUGGGCAAAUGGAUAAAUAUUGUGAAUGUGAUGUAAUAACAUCAGGAUUUGAUUGUGAAAGAAACUUGAAUUGAAUAAAAUAUGAUUAUAUAUUAAUUAACAAA